AAUCUUCAAGUCAUUGCAAUCGAAUGUUGCAACGUCCAUUUGAACUUUGAAGUGAUGCCCACUAUCCUUUAUUGACAUGAGUGAUCUGUGAAUAUGCUCACAUUUGGCACUACAUCCCUGAAGACGGUUUACGAGACAAUGGGCAUCCAUCUGUCGAUCUUCUACUAUAAGAUUGUGCAAACACCAUGUUAUCCGUUAGGAUCAGAGCGAAAAAGAAACCAGUGGCAUUGGAACAACCCCUAGAAAACCAACCAUUAAGAUCUUCAGGAAGGCAGGCAAAAAGGAAAGCCAACGAAACAGAAGAAGAGGAUGACACUUCAGAGAAAAAGUAUAGAAAGUGUGAAAAGGCCGGAUGCACUGCCACGUACCCAGUUUGCUUUGCUAGUGCUUCAGAAAGGUGUGCAAAGAAUGGCUACACAUCACGAUGGUAUCAUUUAUCAUGUGGAGAGCACUUCUGCAAUGAGUGUUUCGAUCAUUAUUACAGAAGUCACAAAGAUGGGUAUGAGAAGUAUACCAGCUGGAAGAGAAUUUGGACAGGAAAUGGGAAAAGUGAACCGAGCCUGAAAGCUUUUAUGGCCGACCAGCAGCUUCCUUAUUGGGUACGGUGUAUAAAGUCAGAUUGUGGAAAGUGGCGACAGCUAACAAAGGAAAUUAACCUUACCUCCACAUUAGCAAUGACUUACCGCUGUGGAAUGAAGCUCAAUAACAUAAAAACAGAAGGCCCAGAUCAGUGUUGUCAGCCAGAAGACAUGAGAGUGGCUGAAGUUAUCGACAGCUGGUGGCAUUCAAUGCUCAUCUUGCCUCCCCUGCUUAAGGACAGUCCUGCUGACCCUUUCUUGUCUGCUUACUAUCCAGAUUGUGUGGGUAUGAGCCCCUCAGGCUCCCCCUGCAGUCACGCCGUCCAUGAUAUGCAGAAGUCUGAACAUCUCAAGAUAAUCCAUCCUCAAAUCGCAGGAUUAAGCCAGUAUUUCCAGCCCUUCUAUCAGCCCAAUGAGUGUGGUAAAGCUCUUUGUGUGAGACCAGAUGUGAUGGAACUGGACGAGCUUUAUGAAUUUCCCGAAUAUUCUCGGGACCCAACAAUGUACCUCGCUUUAAGGAAUCUUAUCUUGGCCUCUUGGUUUAGGAAUUGUAAAGAAGUCCUGACUCCAGAGAAAUGUGCACCUCACAUUAUUGUUCGUGGUUUGGUUAGGGUUCGCUGCGUUCAGGAGAUGGAGCGAAUUCUUCACUUCAUGACAAGAAAGGGCCUCGUAAAUACUGGAAUUUUGUCUGUUAAGCACCCUCUUCUACCAAAAGAAUACACCAAAAAAUCAGUGAUUGUUAUCGGUGCAGGCACAUCAGGCUUGGCCGCUGCUCGUCAGCUCAAAAACUUUGGAGUGCAGGUGACAGUUUUGGAGGCCAGAGAUCGCAUCGGUGGACGGGUAUGGGAUGAAACCUCACUUGGAGUUAUGGUGGGACGAGGAGCCCAGAUAGUUAACGGCUGUAUUAACAAUCCCAUAGCAUUAAUGUGUGAGCAGAUUGGUAUUAAAAUGCAUAAACUUAAAGAAAGAUGUGACCUUAUUCAAGAAGGAGGACGAGUGACAGAUCCUACGAUAGACAAACGGAUGGAUUUCCACUUUAAUGCCAUCCUGGAUGUUGUAUCUGAAUGGAGGAAAGACAAAAGCCAGAAUCAAGAUGUUCCUUUGGGAGAAAAAAUCCAGCAGAUCUACAAAACCUUUGUACACGAGUCUGGAAUUCAGUUCAGUGAUAUAGAAGAGAAGGUUUUACAGUUUCAUCUCAGCAAUUUGGAGUUUGCCUGUGGCAGCACUCUAGAACAGGUUUCUGCACGCUCCUGGGACCACAAUGAAUUUUUUGCCCAGUUUACAGGAGACCAUACACUUUUAACAGCUGGUUAUUCUUCUUUAAUAAAUAAACUGGGAGAUGGACUAGACAUCCGCCUUAAAACUUCGGUUGAAGCCAUUGAUUAUACCGGAGGUGACAUCACAGUGAUUGCGAGCAACGGCGCUCGCUGGAUUGCACAAAAGAUUUUGAUAACAAUCCCUUUGGCGUUACUUCAGAAGAAUAUAAUUCGAUUCAACCCACCAUUGCCAGAGAGGAAAUUAAAGGCCAUGCACAGUCUGGGCGCCGGAGUCAUUGAGAAGAUUGCCAUGCAGUUUCCAUACAAAUUCUGGAGCAGCAAGAUUGAGGGGGCCGAUUUCUUUGGACACAUUCCGCCCGGCCCUGACAAGAGAGGCCUGUUUGGUGUAUUCUAUGACAUGGAUCCAACUGGUAAACAGAGCGUCCUAAUGUCCGUCAUCACCGGCGAUGCAGUUUCAAUCAUCAAAGAUCUGGAAGACAAAAAGAUUGUGGCUAUGUGUAUGGGCAUCCUGAGAGGACUUUUUAAAGAACAGGAGGUCCCGGAGCCCAUCAGAUAUUUUGUUACCCGAUGGCAUAAAGAAAAAUGGUCUCAAAUGGCUUACAGCUUUGUAAAGAUUGGAGGCAGCGGAGAAGCUUACGACAUAAUGGCUGAGGAGGUGCAAGGCAAAUUGUUCUUUGCUGGAGAGGCUACCAAUCGACAUUUCCCUCAGACUGUGGCCGGUGCCUAUCUAAGUGGUGUCAGAGAAGCCAGCAAAAUCGCAGCUUUGUAAAGGUGCAGCUCGACCUCCGCUUGUCAACGCCACACGUAGAACAAAGACUGAUAACGUGGUGCCAAGUCAGUGAGGGGCAAUGCUGAAGAUCGACACCCUCAGGCCCAGGGCAAGUCUUUAGAGGUGGUCCUGUGAUGCCCACCAUACCUCAUGUAUUUAUAGAUUCAGCCGAAGAACAAAUGAUUUGAUGUAUAUAUUCUUUUUUUGGUGAAAAUUUCUCAUUUUAUAAAUGUUCAUUUUUUUUAAACUCUAAAAACAGUUGCAUGGGAGCAAAAUGUAUGUGUCGUUCGAUUUGUAUGUUAGCCAAAAUAUUUAUUAUACUCGAACCUUCUACUUGCAAAUGAAAUAUCUAGUGUAGAGAGUGGGCACAGGGACCCAUGUUUGCAGUUUGUUUUUAUUUGUGUUUACUGAACGGUUGCCCGUCUUUUCUGUUGCUGCAUGUUCUGUAACUUGUGAGUUGGAGUAGAAUGGAGUCGCUCUGUCCGUCACGCACCACAGUGUCGUGUUUCCAGAGUAGCCUGUUAAUUUGUAUAGAAAUGAUUUGUAAAUAAGCCUGGUGAGCCCAUUUCAU